AUGUACAGCAGUCGGAUAGACUGUAAAUUUGUUUCUACAAGAUCGAAAUACAACUUCUUAAAACGCGCUGAGCCGGGAAAGGAAUUCCAGCCACCGGGUUCCAAGACGAAAUAUUGGCUACUCAAGAAUUUCGAGCAACACUCCACGGGAUCCAAAUCAGUGACCCGUAGUCUCAUCUGCCGUUUUGGAACAGAACUCGCCAGUGAUUUCAAAAUCGAUACAAGAGUAACCGCUAAUUAUGCCGGAGUCUCUGCCGAAGGUGGCGCAGGGUGCGAGUACGGUACAGAUUUCAAAUCAACAAGUUUGUAUGGAAUCUACAGUCUUGACCAGGAGAUUUACUCCAUCAGUGUAGUUAAUAAGCAGAUGACCUAUGAUUCAGUAGAAGACGAGUUCAUCAGUACCGCUGCCAAGCUCCCGACCUGGAAGUUAAUAUUCAAGGAUCUCAAGGAUUUCGAUGAAGUAACCGGUAUCUACAAUGCGUUUGCCAAAUUCUAUUCCAGAUACGGAUCUCAUUUGAUACAAGAAGGCUAUAUGGGCACACGAUACCAGCUCAAAGUAGAGCAGAAAGGAAUAGCUCAAGAAAGGAGGGAGAAGUUCUCAACGAACAUAAAGGUCGAGUAUCAAGGUGUGGUUGGACGAUAUAUCAGUGUCGAUGUCAAGAAGUCGGAGUCGUAUAAGCUGCCUGGAGGAAGCUAUUGGCGACAGAAAUUUACCACAAAGGUAUCAAUCAUACUGAUAGCAUGGAGUUAG